CCCAUUGUAAGUGAGAACUCGUCCUUUUAAACGGCUUUACAGUUUUGAUGGGUGUUGUCAGUAUGGUCAAACAAUAACAAUAAGUGACUGCUUCUUUGUUUUCUAAUUUUUUGGUUUCGCUUUGUUUAUAACUUUUUUUCUGGAAGUGUGAACUGGUUUCGUGUGCGCCAUCGUGAUUUUCACCACAAAGGCAGGUGUGCAGCUCGGUUUUCGAAGCGACGAAGAGUGCAACAGGAGGAAGUACAAUCCAAAAGAAUAACUGGGGGAAAAAAUGUCUAAUUCUAGGAAUGUGAAAAAUUGUCAAAAUCCAGAAAGGCAUUCUGAGAACCAUGAAUCCCUGCAAACCAAGCAGAGCUACAGAGACGCCCAAAACCAUUAUAAUGAAAAUCCUUCAUCAUUCAGGCAGUCGUUUGCUGCUAGUGAGAGGUCAUCUGAACCAUAUUUUAACACAAGACAUUCAACGAACCGACCUCCUGAGUACAACCGCCAGUCCUCCAGAAGGAGGCCUCCCCCAGCCCCAGAGUCUAAAUGCUCACUGCUAUGUUCCAGAAGAGGGGUCUUGAGAUUUACAGAGAUUGGGACAAACCUGUUGGUACUCAUCUGUGUUGCGGCCUCACAGGCAGUGAGUUCAGGCUACGCUGGAAUGGGUGGCUUGGGGGCUGGCGGUUUCAGCAUUGAUUCUGCCUACAGCCCCUUCCAGGGAACCGAGCUGCAGCAGGUACGCGACCUGGACAUACAAUACAGCCAGAUGCGAGCCCCUGGGGUGUACGGCGGCGUGAGCUUCAGCCUGACCCUUUUUGUUCUCACUCUGUUCCUUCUGGUGGCCGGGGCUAAAUCCUUGUACCAAAUCUCUCUCAAAUUCCUCAUAGCCGAAUUUGUCAUGGAUGUGCUGGCAUGUGUGAUAUACAUUGUGGCUGUUGGCCUCUACCUCCACUUUGUUAACCAGGUGAAUUCAACUGAUGUAUGUAAGAAAAGAGAGCUGGUCUACGCACGCCAGGGAUACACCUGGAUGAGCUGCAAUGUGCAAGGGAGCGAUGCAGCAGUUGCUCUUUUUGGCCUCAUUUCAUCUUGUCUGUAUGGAGCUGGAGCCGUACUGUGUGCACUCACGAUAAAAAAAGCCAGAGUGCUCCAGCGUGGUCGGAAUCGGCAUCGGCCACAAAGCCAACCAUCAUUUAAAUGGAUAAACUCUCACCAUCAUGACGCAGAAGCUGAUCGGCCAGUUGCCACAUUGGUUUAAUGGAGAAGGAAGCUUUCCAUAAUACAUCAUGGCAAGAAUAACUAAUGACUUUAAUUUUUAGCAGCUGGUUCAUUGUUUUUAAAUAGUAUUUUACAGUAAGGUUACAUUUUAUUUACCCAUUAAUAGUUGUUAAUUAUAUUUUACAAAAAAUACUUUAGCAUCAGCCAUCGACUUAUUAACAGACUUGCAGUAAACCUUAAAAGCCCCACUGCCUUCUCUCUGAGAUUCGAGGUGAUGUUUUCUGUGCACAGGAACGGCUGUUGGAUAUGUAAAUGGUGUGUAUAUUUACAAGAAUCUAUUUAUAUAAUCUAUUUGAUGUGUAUGCACUGGUAACUGGAGCUCCACUCUCCAUAAACCAGUCUAUCUGAUUUGAUUAUAUCUGCUAGUUUUUCUAAUUACAUUUUUAAGGAGACCAAUUUAAGUAAACAUUUUUGUAUUCAAAUAAAUUGAGACUUGAAAACAAAAACUUCUUCCUUUUUUAGAAAGUGUCAUACAAUGCUACUGUUCUUAUUUA